AUGGCGGACCGAUACAAGCUCAUCUAUACCGUGCCAGCCUCUCACUUGGUCGCGACCAAAGACGCUGUAUUCAAGACAGGUGCAGGGGUCUACGACGAGGGCAAGUAUGUCCAAGUUGCUUUCGAAUUGACUGGCCAGGGCCAGUUCAUGCCCGUCGCAGCAGCGGGGGCGGAUCCCCAUACCGGCGCCGUCGACCAGCUUGAGCGGGUGCUCGAAUACCGUGUUGAGAUCCUAUGUGUUGGCCGAGAUGUUGCCAAAGCUGCGGUGGCAGCUCUCAAGAGCGCGCAUCCUUAUGAAGUACCGGCGUACGAAGUGUACAAGCUGGAGGACAUCUGA